AUGGGGGAAUGGAGAUUCGGAACUACACAGAUAUAUGGCCCAAGUAUUUCCGUUAAACCUGCUGAUGAUAAUGCUUCAUGGCCUACAUCAGAUGAUGAAGACUUAAGUUUGAAUAUGAAGGAAGGAGAGGAGCGGCCAGAGGUUGGAACAAAGGACCAUGGUAUCACUGAAAGUGUUCCACAAGCACAAACAGCUAAUGACUGUUUGACUUCUGCUGACAGGGCAGAAGAUGAUAGACAUGCUUCUCCAGGAAAAUAUUCCUACGUGAAGCCUGCUGUGGAGGGGAAAUAUUGUAUUCCUAAUCGGCCCAGAGAAAUGGAGGAAAUUAAAGAAUCCCAAUCAGAGUCUCCGGGAGAAUAUUCUUUGUUGAAGCCUCCUGUCGAGGAGAAACAUUCUGGUCCUAAGAAAGGAGGAGAAAUGGAGGAAACACAAAUAUCCAAGUCAGAUUUUUCAGCAGAACUAGACUUAGGAAUGACAACAGAAAAAGAGGAAGAAAGUUUUAAUGAAAGUGAAAAUAAACACCUUCAGAUUGAAGAAACGGAGAAGCACCAAAAUGAUGAAGUGGCAGUAUUAGAAAGCAUAUAUUCUUCUUCUGCUGCUGGACUAAUGCAUCCAAAAGGGAGUGGAAAAACUGGUAACAACCUAUGUCCUAUUACAGAAAAUGAAGAAUCUAAUGGCACUUCAAGUGGAACCGAUCAGGAUGAAGGAAGAUCUUCAAAGAAAACAUCUAGUGACAAGGAAGAGGUCAAAAAACAAAUUGAUUCUAUGGAUGACUUCGGUGUCUUAACUCUGUCAUCUGAAACAAUUUUGGAGGGUUUCCACAUGCCUGACUCUAAUCAUAUGAUUUGCAUGUCGCUAAUUGAACAGCAUGCCAUGGAUUGUAAAGAUUCUGUCAGUUUAUUGAAAAUCCAGCAUGCGGUUCUUUCAUAUGAAAGAUUAAUAGAACUUAUAAAAUAUCACUGUGGACAACUUAAAAGAAAAAAUAAAAAAAUGGAAAAUAUGGAUAAGGGACUACAAAAGGAGCUAUCAGAAACAAAAGAAAUGAUAUCUAAGUUGGAGCUUCAAAAAGUAGAAUGGGAGCAUGAACUCUGCAGUUUGAGAUUAACUUUAAAACAAGAAAAACAAAAAAGAAGAAACGCUGAAAUGUUAUAUGAAAAGAUUCAGGAGCAACUAACAAAAAGAGAAGAGCAGUAUAAGAAAGAAGUUGAAAUAAAACAAGAACUUGAUUUUAAGCUUAGAGCACUAGAUGCAGAAUUGAGGAAUGUAAGAAAUAAUUUCAAUCAGGUUGUGGAAGAACGGUAUUAUACUGAAAAACAACUUUGUCGAGAACAGGAUGCCAGAAUAUUACAAGAUGGAAUUCUAAAGAAUCACCUUUGCAAACAAGAGGAGAUAGAAGUUGCUGUGAGACAACUUCAAGAAGAACUGGCCAAUACCCUAAAAAAACUAUCUAUGUCAGAGGCUUCACUGGAGGUGACAUCACGUUGUCCUAUGAAUUUAGAAGAUGAGGUAAAAGACUUAAAGGAAAAACUGGCUCAGAGUAGGAAUCAGGUUGAUGAUCUUACAGCAAAACUGGAAACUAUGUCUUCAAGAAACCAGGUUCUUAUUCAGGAGUUAUCAUCUAUGAAAGAAAUACAGAUGAAAUGUGAAAAGCCAGAGAAGAAUAAAAAGAAGUUGGAACAACAAGAAGUAAACCUCAGAAGUUGUGUAGAAGGCAACGUGACGCAAGUAGCAUUUCAAGAAAGCGUAGCACAGUUAAGAGAAAAUAAUAAUGCUUCAGUAAGAAGUCAAAUGGAACUCAGAAUUAAAGAGCUGGAAUUUGAAUUAUCCAAAAUGAAAAGUUUUCAAGACGUUACUAAAACAGAAUUGGACAUAUACAAGCAUCUCUACCUAGAAGAAGUAACACAUCGAAUGUCAUUGACAAAUGAACUGAACAAGACUAGUGAGAGGCUGGCAGAGACCAGUACCAAACUUCUGGUGGAGAAACAGCAAAAGCAAACUUUGCUUGACACUAUUAAUAUGAGGCCAGCCCUAGAUCUGCCUUAUGGUAGAAAUGUUAAUAAUAGUUCACUAUUCAAUAGAAAUGUUGCUCUAAGAGAAAACGUGGUGAUUCCUACCUCAAACUCAUGGCGUUCAAGUAAUGACAUUGAGACUUUCUUGUUCAAGAGGCAGCAAGAGUUGGAAAAAAAUAUAACUAGAGAACUAGAAGAAGGUGCUGCUGAAUUUGAAUCAGGCUCAUCUGGUGGGACCACCUCUUUAGAAUCUACUUUUGAAAGUCAUAUAAAUUGUGAUGACGUACUGAAAUCACACAGAGAAUACUCAGAGUUUCUGAAGAAAAAGUAUAGCAUCUGAAACAUAAAUAGUAGAAAUUUAUUUACUGGAUGUUUAUACAACAUUUUAAUAGUUUCCUAUUAAAUGGAUGAUAUGCAAAAA